CUGAAAUGAUAGUCUGUUGGUUUAAUGUCGAAGGGCAGUAGAGACUCUCAUUUUGUGGAGUAUCCUUUCUCUGGAAGAAGAGAGAUUCCUGUCCUUGAUACAUUUUAUGUCAUCAUGACACAUUUUGUUUACAUUAUACAGAAAGUGAGAUUAGAUGCCAAUUCUCUUUUUCAGGCAGACCUUAUAUGAGAUAAUUUCAGUUCUGCUAUUGUAGUUAGUAGUAUUUAGUCUUAAUGUCUAUUAUUUCUAUUGCUAAGAAAAGCCACAUUAGUGAGCUUGGUGGAUCUUCACAAAAACAACCGUCAGGAAAUGUUUCGUCAACACCUGGAUUUGGACAACAAUUAAAACCGCAUGUAUUGGAAUAUGAGAGAACUAGUUCACUUUCACAACCUUUGAAUAAGUCUAAAGAAAUAAAUAGGACCUAUGUAGUUUCUGCCUGUAACAAAUUGUCCAGUACUUUACCUACAUAUACAUCAGAAAUCAAGUUGAGCCUCCAAAGAGGAAGAGCAAUGUGGAAAGGAGAAUCCAAUAUGGAUAAAAUCCAUGGCAGUGAUAGUACACUAGUGGAAGAAAGAUUAACACUACAGCCCCGAAUUGUAACUAGAUCAACUGAGAAAUCUAAGACAAAUAGUAUUUAUGAACCAAAAACAGAAAAUGCUGGAUACUUGCCACCAAAAAGUAAUAAUGCUCCGUUUUCAUCCAAAGGUAACAACAGCGAUAUUUCACUUAUUAAGGCUACUGGGAAAACAAAUUAUAAGACAAAUUAUAGACAUGUUACUGGGAAUGUCACACCCAUAAAAUCCAGGACACCUACUGCUUCUCAAAAUCAAAAUGAGAUUUCUCGAUUGUUACGUUUAACCACAACUACUCCUAAUGGUAAGCCAUCAGCAUUAAAAACACCUGGAAAGUUUAGUACAUCAAAUGGAACGGAAAACCGACAGAAUAAUGUUAUUAAAAAUGAAUAUUUGGAAAGGCAGAAGACACCAAGGAAAAAUACAGCAGAAGUAUUUAAAUCGACUGUUCAGUAUGCCAAGACUCCUGCUAUUUCUGCCUUAAAAAAUAGGGUGACUUGCCUUCAAGUCUCACAAAGGAAAAGCUGUGAUGCAUUCACUCCAAGCAAAAUGGGAAAGAUCCAAGAAAAUACCACAUAUGCUCAACGAGCUGCUUCAGUUAAAGAAGACAGCAUAAAGCAGAACCUGCCCUUUAAAGACAAUCCUUUCAAAAUAGAAAAUAGUAAAGUAACUGUGGCUGUGAGAGUACGGCCCUUUAGUUUCAGAGACAGAAAUGAAGAAUCUGUCCAAGUGGUUUCAAUGGAAGGGCAAGAGACUGUUGUUCAUCAUCCGUCUACAAAACAGAUCUAUAGUUUCACCUUUGACUUUUCCUUCUGGUCUUUUGAUAAGCACCCUAACUAUGCAAGCCAAGAAAAAAUAUACCAAUCUUUGGCAAUGCCUCUUCUAGAAACGGCCUUUGAAGGAUACAAUGCUUGUCUUUUUGCAUAUGGGCAGACUGGUUCUGGAAAAUCAUAUACCAUGAUGGGUUUUGAUGAUGAAGAACGAGGAAUAAUACCAAGAUUCUGUCAAGAUCUUUUCCAUCAAAUAGCAGAAAAAGAAACAGAACAGACUACUUGUCAUCUUGAAAUCAGCUACUUUGAAGUCUAUAAUGAAAAAAUUCAUGAUUUGCUUAUCUUCAGAGCUGAAAAUGGAGAGAAGAAACAACCUCUUCGUGUAAGAGAACAUCCAGUCUUUGGGCCAUAUGUAGAAGACCUGACAGCGAAUGCUGUUAGUUCUUACUCUGAUAUCCAGAAUUGGCUCCAGCUAGGAAAUAAGCAUAGAGCUACUGCUGCCACUGGCAUGAAUGACAAGAGUUCUCGAUCUCACUCUGUUUUCACAUUGGUGAUGACACAAACCAAGACAGAGAUCGUGGAAAAGAAAGAAUACGAACACAGAAUCAUUAGUUGUGUCAAUCUAGUAGAUUUAGCAGGGAGUGAACGCUGCUCUACAGGUCAAACCAGUGGAGAAAGACUGAAGGAAGGAGCCAGCAUAAACAAAUCCUUGUUAACUCUGGGGAAAGUUAUUUCUGCACUAUCUGAGCAAAAUCAAAGCAGGAAGAAGUUAUUUAUUCCAUACCGCGACUCUGUUCUUACAUGGCUGCUAAAGGAAAGUCUAGGUGGAAAUUCAAAAACUUCUAUGAUUGCCACCAUCAGCCCUGCUGCCAGCAAUGUAGAAGAAACGCUCAGUACUCUUCGAUAUGCUAAGCAAGCUUGUUUCAUAAUCAACACUGCCAAAGUGAAUGAAGAUAUGAAUAUGAAAUUAAUUCAGGAAUUGAAAGCUGAGAUUGAGAAACUGAAAUUGGCUCAGAAGAAUGUUCAGAAUGUUGAUCCUGAAAAGCAGAGACUUUACGUGCAGGAAAUUACAUCUUUACGAAUGAAGCUACACCAUCAAGAGAGGGAGAUGGCUGAGAUGCAAAGGGCCUGGAAAGAAAAAUUUGAACAAGCAGAAAAAAAGAAGUUUGAGGAAACAAGAGAAUUACAGAAAGCCGGCAUUACAUUCAAGGUGGAUAACAGUUUGCCUAAUUUGGUUAAUCUUAACGAAGAUCCUCAACUGUCUGAGAUGUUGUUGUACAUGAUUAAGGAAGGAGAAACUACAGUUGGGAAAUGCAAGCCAAAUUCAUGUCAUGAUAUUCAGCUGUCUGGCAUCUUAAUUGCUGAUGAUCACUGUGUUAUCAGACAUAAGGGUGGAGUUGUGAGCAUUCUUCCUGUUGGAGAAGCAAAGACAUAUGUUAAUGGGGAAUGCAUUUCAGGAGCUACACUUCUACAUCAUGGUGAUCGCAUCAUCCUUGGGGGUGAUCAUUAUUUCCGAUUUAAUCAUCCAGCUGAAGUUCAGAAGAUAAAAAGUUUGUCUCGUGGGACUUCAUUUCCUGAGGAGGGUCCAAAAGACUUUGAAUUUGCAAAAAAUGAAUUGCUGGCUGCUCAACGAGCUCAGCUUGAAUCAGAAAUAGAAGAAGCACGUCUUAAAGCUAAGGAAGAAAUGAUGCAAGGGAUCCAGCUUGCCAAAGAAAUGGCUCAAGAAGAACUUAGUGCUCAGCAACAAAAUUAUGAGAUCAAAAUAAGAUCAUUAGAAGCACAACUGGAAGAGGAAUCCCAUAGGAAACAAUUGCAGGAAAUGAACAAUCAGAUGGCUGCAAACAAAAUUGAGGAACUGGAGAAAGCAAAGCGAGGCCUUGAGCUAGAAGUAAACUUCAACAAGAAGCGAUUGGAAAUAGAGACAUUGGCUGCCAGAGAGGUUUUAGAAGAUCAUACAGUUCGUCACGUUAAGAUUCUUGAAGCUCUGGAGGCUGAGAAGCAGAAAAUUGCUCAAGAAGUGGAAAUUCUUCAGCAGAGUCAGGGAAAUAGGAAUAAAGAGCCAAACUGGGAUUCUUUGAAACUUUCUAUGAUGCUCAGAGAGGCCAACACAAUCAGCAGUAAACUUGACAAGCACACUGUUUUUUGUAGACAUGAUGUAAUGGCUCAAGAAAAUGGCCUUCAAGUGCAGGUCCGUAACAUCAGGCUGGGUGUUGCAACAUACUGGAGCCUUGAGAAAUUUGAAGACAAAUUGGCUGCAAUGAAAGAUGCGUAUGAGAUGAACAGCACUGAGAGAACUGAUGAGAUUUUUUAUGAUCCUACUGAUGAGUGGGAACCUGAUUUUUCAAACGCAUCCAGCCGUUCCAAUUCUACAAGGAGGAGAAGCAGAAGUUUGAGAAAGAGCAAGAGAAUCUCUGAGUGUUUGUCUGGGAUAAAGGUGAAACUGCACAAUUCAUGUGUAACAGGCGCAACUGAUACAUUGGCCAAUCUGAUCUCAGAUCCUCGCGAAUCAUUUGUACCAGGCAUUUGUAAGGAACUGCUAAGUUCAACUUUGAAUGUGCUGGGACAGGUUCACGAAGAAGAAAGCAUGGCACAAAUUCUUUUAAAAACUUUGAUUACAAUAUAUACUCAAGUCACUGCUAUGACAAAAGCUUAUGAACAAGCUGAAGAAAAUCCAGAGAACUUUUUCACUGUUGAUCAAGCUGCCCAGUCCUGCAGCAUAGGAAUUACAUCUUCUUUCCAACAAUUAGUUGUUCUGACUAACCAGUGGCUGAAGAAUUUCCGAAAAAACAAUGAAUUUGUGAAAGUUUUCGAUGAACUAAGGGAAGAUGUAAAACAUUUGGGUGGAUAUCUGCAAUUGCUCUUUCAGGGUGGCUGUGCAGACCUGUCAUCAGUAGUAGCAGAGGCAGAGAAGAAAAUAAUGCAAAUAUUGAAACACCUUGCUAAAGACAUAGGACAUUUGGCAGCAGUGACAGGCUCAGAACUAAGUUUUACAGAUGGAAACAGAGGUGAUGAAAGAAAUGCAAAGAAACAGCUGAUGCCAGAUAUCUGUGAUGGAAUAGACUUGGGACUGAGACACCUUUUAGAUUAUAUACAAAAAUCGUGCAGGAUAAUGCAGAAGGAAUUCUCCAAAUGGUACCCACAGAAUGAGGUUCAGAAUCAAAUAAAGUACAAAGCAACUGAAUUGGCUAAACACCUUGAAGAGAUUGUGUCUGAGUGUAAAAAAAAUGAAGUAGUAAGUCUAUUAACAGAAGAAGAAUAUGUUGACCAAGAAUUAAAGAAGGCACACGAUAAAGCUACUGAAUUCUUGGAAUUACAACAUUGCUUAGAUCAAGUUCACCAGAUGAUUAUUCAUUUAUUAGAAGGUGCCUAUAGAAACAAAAGUCCAUUCAGAGUUCUUAUUAAAAAGAUCUGCACCCUAACUGGGAAUUUUACAGCUCUCUAUCCAUCACCUACUUUGCCUGUUAGCUCAACAGACUGUCCUCUUCAUGAAAUCCCAUCAGUGGUGAACCAGAAUGAGUUGAAAUCUGUAGCACAGUCACUCAUUAUAAGUUUUGAACUUGAAGAGAGGCAAAAUUCAUUCCACCUUCAGGAUGGUGGCAUGCCGAAUGCUAAAUCUCAAAGAAAACAAUUUGUAAGAGGUGCCCCUGCAAACUCUGAGAAGCAAAAAACAGUUCCAAAAAGGGAGUAUAAACUUUGGUGUACCCCUGAAAACCUAGGGGAAAGUUUACAUUGGGUAUAAAUCACACACUUACCUUGGGAUUGUAUAUGAAUUGAUUGUGGAUAAAUUAUUGCUUUAGAUUAGGAAUUGUUCAGAAAGCUAUAUUUAUAUACUGUAAAGGUUCUAUAUCUUGAUAUAAUAGCGUCACAAAUGAAUAUCUCAGGAGAACUGAAAUUCAGUUCACAAUUGGCUCACAUUGCUUUUCCGCGAUGUGGAAAAGCAAAUACAUGUGUGUCUCCUUAUAAGGCAUGCAAAAUAUUGUAUGAACCAAUGGCUUUGUGCGGAUUUGAUUUAAUUUUCUCACUAAAGAAACAGAGGAAAACGCCAUGGAAAAAGGUUCUUGGUCCACAACCUGGUCUUGUUUUCAUUGCAGAUGAAAUUUAGAUAGAAAAAUCCACUGUUCAAAAUUCAAUUCAUUCUGCAGGAACACAGUAAGUUUAUUUUAAACCUCUGAGCUCGUAUCAAAGAAGACAUAUUACUUCAUUCAGCACUGGUCUUAUAUUUAUGAAUGUUAAUGAGGUAGAGUUAUUUUAUUUACUGCUUAUAACUAGGGCAACUAUAUUCAGGGGACCUACUUUUUCCCUUUCUCCAGAAAAUGAGGGCAUUGUUAUUUAGAUUAAUGUUGUGCCAUUUGGUAUUAAUAAGAGGAAUAUGCAAUCUAUUUUGCAGUUAAGUCUUUCCUUGAUUGCAUAUUGAGCCUAGUAUACAGCAAAUUUAUUUGUGAGCAAGAGUGAAAUGCACAUAAGUUUUACCAUUUAGUAGUAAUGUCUUAACCCCAAUAAAAAGCUAAACUGGAGUUUGGCUUAAUAGUUUGUUGAAAAUUGCUUUAAAAAGAAAGCUGAAAAGAUUCUUGUCCCAACACAAAGAAGUAAACAUUUUUGCUUUCAUGCUGGGGAAAGAAAUUCAGAUUUGAUUGAUAUAAUUAUAUUCAUAAUCAUGUCCUACCUGUGUUUUCCACAAACAUUUGUACUUAUACUGUAUGUAUGUAAAACAUCUGUAACAUUAAAGUUAAAUUAUAAAGAUUUUGCAUGUCAGAAUUUAUAGGAAUAAAAAAAAUGUUUUUUUUAAUGUAACUAUCUUUGUACAUA